AUGCCGUUCAAUUCGGGUUUCAUUGGGAGAAAGCAUUCAACGCCAAUGGCUCCUCCAUUCAUGGUAUCUGCCCCGGGAAAAGCCAUCGUAUUCGGUGAGCAUGCGGCUGUAUAUGGUCAACCCGCCCUUGCCGCUGCUAUCUCUCUCCGAUCCUAUCUUCUAGUCACUACCCUCUCCAAAUCUCGACGUACUGUCCAACUGAACUUUCGGGACAUUGGCUUGAAUCAUACUUGGGAGAUCGCCAAUCUACCUUGGAGUACCUUCCACCGACCUUCCCGAAAGCAUUCCUAUACUUCAGUUGUCGACUCCCUCGAUCCUGAUUGUCUCGAGGCCAUCAUUCCACAUGCCGAGGCCGUGUCGAAGCAUCUUCCCGACAAGGAACGAAAAACCCACAUAAAAUCCACGACUGCCUUCCUCUACCUCUUCCUCUCCCUCAGCUCCUCGACGAGUCCCGGAUUUAUCUACACUCUCCGAUCUACGAUUCCCAUUGGGGCAGGUUUAGGAAGCAGUGCCAGCGUUUGUGUCUGCUUGAGUGCUGCACUACUCCUUCAGACACACGCCCUUGCUGGACCGCACCCUGAUCAGCCGCCCGGGGAGGCAGAGGUCCAGAUCGAGCGCAUCAAUCGCUGGGCAUUCGUUGGCGAGCUGUGUAUACACGGAGACCCUAGCGGAGUUGAUAAUACAGUUUCGGCUGGUGGAAAGGCCGUGAUAUUCCAGAGAAACGCAUCGGGCCCACCGUCCGUGACGAGUCUCGCCAACUUCCCGAAACUACCACUCCUUCUCGUUGAUACUCGACAAUCACGAUCCACCGCUACACAGGUUGAAAAGGUGAAAAUACUCAAGGCCAAUCAUCCUGAAUUAACGCAGACCAUCUUGGACGCAAUUGGCAAACUUACAGCCUCUGCAUUGGAGCUAGUUUCGUCAGCCGAGUUCCAAGGUAGUGGCGCCUCUGACGCUGUGCAACACUUGGGAACCUUGAUCAGUAUCAACCAUGGUCUUUUGGUUUCCUUGGGAGUCUCUCACCCCCGUCUAGAACGUGUUCGCGAGCUCGUCGACUAUACGAAUAUUGGCUGGACAAAACUUACCGGUGCUGGAGGUGGUGGUUGUGCCAUCACACUCUUCCGACGGGACAUUGAAGACGAGACUAUCAAUGAGCUGGAGCGCAAGUUCAAUGCCGAAGGAUUUGAAAAACACGAGGCUAUGCUAGGUGCCGACGGCGUUGGGGUUCUCUGGCCUGCCAUGUUCCGAAAUGACACCACUGGAGAAGGGGAAGAAAUUGAUCAGGAGAGGUUCGAAAACGCCGAUGGCGCUCAAGGUAUCGACCAGCUGGUUGGAGUAGGGGUGCAAGAAGACAGGGAAGGCUGGAAGUUUUGGACGCGAGAUAUUGCUUUAAGAUGA